AUGACAUGGGAGCAUGAGAAAGAGCUGGUGAAUUGCCUGAUGUGGGAAAACUUGGUCAAAUUCGGCAACAAACAGAGGGUCUGUCCUUACUACCUGUCCCGGUCCCUGAAGCAGCAGGCAGACAUUGUUUUCACGCCAUACAACUACCUGCUGGAUCCAAAGAGCCGCAGAGCACACAACAUCGAGCUGAACGGAGCUGUGGUGAUCUUUGAUGAAGCUCACAACGUGGAGAAGACGUGUGAGGAAUCUACUUCCUUUGACCUGACACCUUAUGACGUGGCCUCAGCCAUUACUGCUGUGGACCGGCUGCUGGCGGAGCAGGCUAAAGAGGCUAGUCAUGGAGACACUGUCAGUGACUUCAAUGUGGAGUCCCUCAACUCUGGUUUAAAAUUGGAAUUAGCCACCAUUGCUAAAAUUAAACAGAUACUGCUGGAUCUGGAAACCGCCAUCGAUUCCUAUGAUGUUCCAAAUGAAACAGGCAUCACAAAACCUGGAAUCUUCAUCUAUGAGCUGCUGGAGAGAGCCCACCUGACCUACGGCACCAAGACGGCUGUGCAGGAAGCCCUGGAGCAGAUCACUGGAUACCUAGCAGGACAGCCAGGGGUGUUUGUGAACACAAGUGGACUGCAGCAGCUGACUAAUAUCAUACAGCUGGUGUUCUGUGGGGAACCAUCAGAAACAGAAAGACAGCUGAAGAUGGAGACCAACACGGCUCAUUUUAAGGUUCAUAUCCAUCGAGACACCAGCCAUCAGAAGAAAAACCAGAGCGCGGACAUCUGGGCCUCAUCUGCAUCAUCCAAGAAACAAGGCAACAUCUUGAGUUACUGGUGCUUCUCUCCGGGCUUCAGCAUGCAGAGCCUGGUGGAUCAAGGAGUCCGCUGCAUCAUUCUGACCAGCGGCACCCUCUCCCCCCUGUCCUCCUUCACCUCUGAGAUGAGGAUAAAGUUCCCGGUGAGUCUGGAGAACAGUCAUGUGAUCGAGCGGGACCAGAUCUUUGUCAGCAUUAUCGAGCGCGGGCCGGAUGGAGAGCAGCUGAGUUCAGCGUUUGCCAGAAGAUUUGUUCCUGAAAACAUGUCAUCUUUGGGGAGAACAGUUGCUAACCUGAGCCGGGUGGUUCCUCAUGGCCUGCUGGUGUUCUUUCCCUCCUUCUCUGUGAUGGAAAAGACCCUGGACUCCUGGAGAGCUAACGGACAUGCAGAUCGCAUUGAGACUGUAAAGCCCAUGUUUGUUGAACCUAAAGGAAAGGGCACCUUUAAUGAGGUUAUUGAAGGAUAUUACAACAAAGUCAAUGAUCCAUCAUCCAAAGGGGGAAGCUUUUUCGCUGUGUGUCGAGGGAAGGCGAGUGAGGGUCUGGACUUUGCAGACACCUUUGGUCGGGGUGUGAUCAUCACUGGCCUUCCUUUCCCCCCGAGGAUGGACCCUCGAGUCGUCCUGAAGAUGCAGUUCCUGGAUGAGAUGUGUCGGAAGAAAGCUCCUGGGAUGAAGUACCUGUCUGGGCAGGAGUGGUACAGCCAGCAGGCUUUCAGAGCUGUGAACCAGGCCAUCGGCAGAGUCAUUCGCCACAAGGAGGACUACGGAGCCAUCCUGCUGUGUGAUCAGAGGUUUAAAAACUCUAAUGCCAGGGCCCAGCUUCCAUCCUGGGUCCGGCCUUAUGUGCGUCUGUACAGCAGCUUUGGGAAUGUGAUCCGAGACCUGUCCCAGUUCUUCAGGGUGGCCCAGAAACUGAGGCCUGUGGCAGAGAAGAAGGGUGCCGCAGAGAGCUGUGAGGCAGUGUGUUCAUCAGACCUUCCGUCCUCCUGCGCCACUUCCUGCUCACCAUCCCAAAGCUCCAUGACCCAGAAGGCCAAGAUGCUGGACGCCCACCUCCCCAGCCUGAAGAGGAGGCGACUGAAUGACCAGUCUGGAGCCUCUGGGAUGGCCAGGAUCUGUGUGGAGUAUGAGUGUGAGCUGCAGGAGAGUCAGAGGAAGCCCGCCAACCUGCUGGAUGCUCUGGAGCGGGGGGACCACCACAGUGGAGAGGACGAGGAUGCUACUGUGGGAGAGGAGAAGGCAAACCAUUUGUCCACACUGUCUCUGCAGUGUGACAAGAGGAUGGACAAUGAAAUGCGGGGAGGAAAGCGUAAAAUCAAACUGGUCCAGCAACAGAAGAAGUCGCAGGUGUUGGAGGUAGUCUCUGGGGAAGGAACCUCCAGCAGGGUGAAGGGUUUCCUGGCAGAGAUGAAGAAAUCUCUGAGCCAGUGCAACUUUGAGCGGAUCGUUCAGACUCUGCAGACCUACAAGAAGACUGACAACCUGGACAUCCUGCUGACGGACACCGCGGUGCUGACGGAGGACGCUAACACCUACAGGCUGCUGCGCGGCCUGUACCAGUUUAUCCGGCCCCAUCACAAGCAGAGGUUUGACGAGAGGUGCAGGGAGCUGACGGGGGAGGGCUGUGGCUACGAGCCCGGCCACUCCUUGUCUGUGGAGGAGAAGAAGGCCCUGCUGAACAGCGCUGCACGGCAUGCUGUGGGUGGGACCUGCGCCCCCUCCACCUGCAGUCAGCUGAACACAGAACAGCUCAACAAGGGAGGGCUCCACCUGAACCAGCAGAGAGAGCCUCACACUGCUGCUGACAGACGGCCUGCUGUGCGUGUGAACCCCCCCACCUCCACCUGCAGUCAGCUGAACACAGAGCAGCUCAACAAGGGAGGACUCCACCUGAACCAGCAGCCUCACACUGGUUCUGCUCCAAAGAGUGAGGCCCACGCUUCCUUUCAGGCUGAUGUGAAGAAAGCCAUUGGAGCAGAGAAGACUGCCCUGCUGCUGCAGGCCAUUCAGAGCUACAAGAGAAGCGACUGCUAUGAAGCUCUGGUGGGCACUGUGGUGAGCUUAUUCACAGAGAGGGACCAGGACUUCCACCUCCUAGUCCGAUUUGGCGCGUUUAUUCCCCCCCGCCAUAAGAAGCAGUACAAAGAGAUGCUGCAGGCUCUGACGGGCCAGUCCUCUGCUGUUGCUGAGGUUCCUGCUGUGAGUGAAGACCAGCAAAGACACGAUUCAUCUUCCCAACCUCUGAAGACCCAAAGCAAGAUUUCCAGUUUUUUCUCAAGCAGCCAAAGAAAGUAGAAUGUGAGUCACAGGAACAUUGUGUGUGUAUUCCAAACUACCCGAGAAAGCAAUCCACUGACCACACCAGCCAUGCUGUGGGCUGUGGCAGAGCUGGCUGAUGCUUUCUCAUGUAAAAGUGUAAAAAUCUGUAAAGCUGCACAGAUAUUGGAAUAAUGUCAAUAAAAUAAAAUAAUUGAUUUAUUUUUA